CUGGGGCGGGGCCAGGCUGGGGCGGGUCCUGAUAUAGAGCCCCGCAGCCGGCCGGCAGCACAGCGCGGCGACUGGAAGCCCCAGAGCCCCGCGGAUUGUCAGAGUGUCAACGCAUCCCGCCGUCCCUGCUCGGUAUCCCUCCUGCCGCAGCUACCGAGCCGCUGCCUAGAGCCCCAGCCUCGCCACCAUGAGAGUCCUGCUGGCGUGCCUGCUCCUCUGUGCCCUAGUGGUGAGCGACUCCGAAGGAAGCCAUGAACUUCACCCAGGGUCUAGUGCAUCAAACUGCCAUUGUCUGAAUGGAGGAACCUGUGUGUCCUACAAGUACUUCUCCAACAUUCAUCGAUGCAACUGUCCAAAGAAAUUCCAAGGGGAACACUGCGAGAUAGAUACAACAGAAACCUGCUUUGAGGGGAAUGGUCACUCUUACCGAGGGAAGGUCGACACUGACAUCAUAGGCCGGCCCUGCCUGGCCUGGAACUCUGCCACUGUUCUUCUGAAAGAGUACCACGCCCUCAGACCCGAUGCCCUUCAUCUGGGCCUGGGCAAACACAACUACUGCAGGAACCCAAACAACCAUAGAAGGCCUUGGUGCUAUGUGCAGGUUGGCCUAAAGCAGCUUGUCCGGGAGUGCAUGGUGCCAGAAUGCUCUUCUGGAAAAAAUCCCCUCACUCCAGAAAAAGCUGAGUUUCAAUGUGGCCAGAAGGCUCUGAGGCCUCGCUUUAAGAUUAUUGGUGGAGAAUUCACCACCAUCGAGAACCAGCCAUGGUUUGCCGCCAUCUACAGGAAGCACCAUGGAGGCUCUGUCACCUACCUGUGUGGUGGCAGCCUCAUCAGUCCUUGCUGGGUGCUCAGCGCCACACACUGCUUCAUUAAUCACCCGAAGAAGGAGGACUACAUUGUCUACCUGGGUCGGUCAAAGCGUAACUCCAGGACACCUGGGGAGAUGAUGUUUGAGGUGGAGAAGCUCAUCUUGCAUGAGGACUACAAUGCUGACAGCCUUGCUCACCACAAUGAUAUUGCCCUGCUGAAGAUCCGCUCCAACACGGACCAGUGUGCACAUCCAUCCAGGUCCAUACAAACCAUCUGUCUGCCUCCAGUGCGUGGAGAUGCUAAUUUCGGCAUGAGCUGUGAGAUUGCUGGCUUUGGAAAAGAGAAUGACACUGACUAUCUCUAUCCAGAGCAGCUAAAAAUGACUGUUGUGAAGCUGGUUUCCCACCAGGAGUGUCAGCAGCCACACUACUAUGGCUCUGAAGUUACCACCAAAAUGCUGUGUGCCGCUGAUCCACAGUGGGAAACAGAUUCCUGCCAGGGAGACUCCGGGGGCCCCCUGGUCUGCUCUAUCCAAGGCCGCCUGACUCUGACGGGGAUUGUGAGCUGGGGCAGUGGUUGUGCCAUGAAGUACAAGCCAGGCGUCUACACAAGGGUCUCACACUUCCUGCCUUGGAUCCACAUGCACUCCAGGCAACAGAAUGGCCUAACCCUCUGAGGCUCCCCAGGGAGCCAAGGGAAGCGAGGGGUACCACCCACUCCCACGUUGGCUGUCAUUUUUGCAGCAGAAGCAUCUGCUUCGGCUCUAUAUAAGGGAGAACCUGAGAAAGACAGGCUCUCGAAGAGAUGGUUUUUACGUGUGCUGCCCCCCCAGGGGAGUGACAAUAGCUUGAUCCUCAGCUACAGGCCUGGGUGCUGAGUCCCCAGAGUCCCCGGGGCCAGGAUGGAGGGAUGGCCCUGACCCAGGACGGUUGUUGACCAGUUGUUUAUCUUUUUCUGAACUGAAGCCUCCUGGAGAGAAAAAAAUGCCAUUUCCUGUGCAUGGGUAGAAGGAGAGCCAGAACCCCCAACAGCAGGCAUUCAUGAGGCCUACUGUUGGGAAACAAAUAAUUUCUCAAUUAGGAAGCCGAAAAGAACUGAGGUCUCUUGAGGGAGAUUGGCCACUGUGGAACAGUGGCUUGGGGAGUGGAGACACUAAUGACUUGAGGGAAGGGCUCUGACAUUCCAUGAAUGUAUCAGGAAAUAUUAUAUAUGGGUGUAUAUGUGUGCACACUUGUGCAUGGGGCUGUCAGUGUAACAGCUGGUGUCCCUGUGUGUGACUGCAAAUCUAUUUCCCUAAACUGAAUGGACUGAUGACACAUAGAAGGGUCUGUCUGGAGAGGUCCUGGGCCACUCCUAGGGCCUCUUGGGUCUGUCAUGUGAUCAUGCCCAUGAAAUAUCGUUCUGGGGCAUGCCUGUGAUCAGCAAUAAAUUUUCAGUUUCACUUUUCAUAGAUGUUCUUUCUUGGCCAGUUAUCCCUUCUGACCUUUUGUCUGAGUUUAUCCAAUCCUCACUGGGUGAGGUGAGGCCCACUCCUAUACACUGAAUAUUUAAUAAUUAUAUUCAGCUAUUUUUAUUUAUAUCUAUUUUUGUAAUUUUGAAUAAAGGUCAAUAAAAUGUGAUUUUUCUGAAAA